CACUAGUUGCACUAGCGCCAACAAAAUAAUAAAAAACUUCAAACCAUCUGUUUCCCUACCACCAUGUGUCCAGAACUCCAUAGAUUAAUGUCGGCUGUGUGAGAGUACUGCAAAGCUUUUAAAUUGGCUACAGGUGCUACAUUUACCGUACGAUGCCAGGAGUCCGAAUCCUCUAGAGAGGAACUUGUAAGGCUUAUCCAUCAAAACCUCUGGAGCAUCUGGCCGUGGAAGUUGGCGACCAGUUGUAUCGAGGCAACGAUGGCGCACGACCCACCACCUAUGUUCUCCAAUACGAUAGCUCUAUGCUUAUCGUGUCUGGGAUGUGUUGUGGGGACUGGAAAUAUUUGGAGAUUCCCAAGAAUCGUUGCGAACAAUGCAGGUGAUACUGGUGGCCUUGUCUUCCUGAUCGUGUGGUUCAUGUUCCUGAUGCUAUGGAGUAUACCGGUCAUCCUGAUCGAGUACAGUGUUGGUCGCUUCACACGCCGCGGCCCGGUCGAGUCCUUCGGGGUGAUGCUGGGCAAGGGCUAUCGCUGGGUCGGAGGCUGGGUUUUCAUGGUCAACCUGGGCAUUUGCUGCUACUAUUCGGUUGUGCUCGGAUGGUGCAUGUACUAUUUUAUACACGUCAUUGCUUUCCCUCUACCGGAAACUGUCGAAGCGUCAACGGAAAUCUUCAAUUCAAUGUCGAACAGUUACUACCCCGUCCUGACUCACUGCUGCAGUGUUCUCUUUGUGGCGCUCAUCAUUUCGAGGAGUGUUAGCACGUUUGAGAAGGUCAACAUGAUCUUUGUUCCGAUCCUGUUGGCCAUCGUCUUUGGCUCCUUCAUCUACGCUAUGACGUUGCAAGAUGCUAUCGAGGGCGUCAAGUAUCUUUUCCGGCCAGAAUGGUCUCAAUUUGGCAAGGCUCGCUUGUGGGUGGAUGCCAUAUCACAGAAUGCUUGGGACACAGGUGCCGGGGCUGGUCUGUUCAUAGUCUAUUCGAUCUACAUGCCGCGCAAGAGUGGAGUUGUCAAGUUUGGCUGCCUAAUACCCCUGUGCAACAACGUGGUCAGUUUGGUCAGCGCUAUGACAACCAUGGCUACUGUGUUCCACGUCCAAGUAGCCAAGGAACAUCUCAAUCCAGAUGAGCCGGAGGACCUCAAGAAGAUCGUCAAAAUCCUGUCAUCUAACGGAGAAGCCAACACCGGCCUGACGUUCAUAUGGAUACCAACGCUGUACAACUUGCUACCUGGUGGGCGAGCCUUGGCCGUCUUCUUCUUCCUGUGCCUGGUCUUUGCUGGCCUCAGCUCUAUGGUGGCACAGAUGGAGCUGGUCAUUCGAACGUUGGAAGACUUUGGUGCCAAGCGGAAGUAUGCCUUGCCAUGCGUGGCUGUUGUGGUUGCACUGCUGGGAUUGCCCUCGUCCCUAAACAUCAAUGUGCUCGUCAAUCAGGACUUUGUAUGGGGAUUUGGUCUCAUCCUGUCGGGAAUGUGUCUGAUAUUUCUGGUCUUCUGGUACGGCACUCACGUUGGUCAAGGCAACGGCUGCCUCAACAUGAUGGCCGGAGCAAACCGCUUCCGCAAAGAAGUGGUGAAUGAGUACGGAAUGGGUGACUGGAAGCUGCCGGUUCUCUGGGCAUUUCUUGUGACGUUCAUCAAUCCCAUUGAAGCUGCCGGCAUGAUCGGUUGGUGGGUGUACGAUCAAGCGUCGCAGUCUGACCCGCCGUGGUGGGCGUACGAGAGUGAGACACUCUUUGCUGCAGUCAGCCAGUGGUUUUUCUGGGCUCUGGUUCUCAUCUCCUUGAACAUCUUCUUUGGCCACAAGUUUUCUGGUGGCUCCAGCUCUUACCACCAGUUUGAUAUGAACGAUGAUGAUGGAGGUGACAUGGCUGCCGGCACUGCUGAGGUUACUCUUAUACGCUCGGGUUCUUCGACUGGCAAGCUGGUUUCGUCCAUGACGGAAAAGACCCCUCUGGCAGAGAGCGGGCACAGCAGAGUGGUCGUCUAUGCUAACCAGUCCACGUAUUUGUAGUGUCAGCAAAUGCGUUGUUCAAGUUCCCCUUUUGUUAGUUAUUGUAGUGAAACCCGUGUCGUAGGUUCCUGAAAUGCCGCUAGGACUGUACUGAUAUCGAUAAUGCAAAUCUAUUUGAAUUCAUAGCUAGCUGCGUUGUUUCAUUGUCUUUAUUCUGUGUGUGUGUGUGUACACUUCAAAACUCUUUUGCCUUAGAACAUUGAAUGAUCAUGGCCAUGAAAAUAUUUAUCCUAAUAACAGGAUACAUACCAUUUUAGCUAUCAUACAUUUUCUAUUUUCUAGGAUCCUAAGCUCAUGAGCUGUGUGACCAACCAGGCAUUCGAUUGGUCUUCAGGAUAUUUUGUUUUACAAAAAAAGAUAUUUUUAUGUUAAUUUUAUAAAUCAGUAAAAUGCAAUUUGCUCUUGCUGUACUUAUUUCAAAAUUUCUUUCAGUCCAGUGUUCACCACUUGACUUUCUUUCUUACGCUAUAAAAAAUAUAGCUGAUAAUCUGCUACUGCUAAAUGCUUUCGAAUUCCAUUCACUGGAUAUGGAUACGAGCUACGCUAAGAAAGAAGAGAA